GUAAUUCGACCAAAAAAGAAAAAUCUAAAAAACCAAAAAAAGCGCACGUUCGACGAUCAGACGAGAAAGUUUUUUCUUCUCGAAUCGUCUGUGUAUAAUUUCCAUUCAAUCUGUAAAUCUUAGCUCAAAUCGGUUCCAGUUCUAGAUUGCUUUGAAGAAAUGAUUUGGGGAAUUGUUCGCCGGAAAAUCACUGCGACUCGGGUGAUUGGACAGUCAUUCUCAACGAUUAGGCCAAGAUGUUUUAUGACUGCGCGGAAAGAGGCUAUUAUUUCUUGCAAAGGUUUUGAGCGUAUUCAGAGUGCUAGCUACCACAUUUUUUCAGGCAGUUAUGUUCCUUCUAAGCCAAGAAGCAGGGAAGUUACUGAACUGAUUCAGACUGAAUCUUUUAUCGGAUUGAGGAGUAGAUCAUUCUCUUCGGAUAAUGGAGACCUGGUUGAUGCUGUUGUUCCUUUCAUGGGUGAAUCCAUUUCUGACGGAACUUUGGCUAAGUUUUUAAAGAAACCUGGUGACAGAGUUGAAGUUGAUGAGCCAAUUGCUCAGAUUGAAACUGAUAAGGUGACGAUUGAUGUUGUGAGUCCUGAAGCUGGCACUAUUCAGAAGCUUGUAGCCAAGGAAGGUGAAACUGUGGAGGCUGGUACAAAGAUUGCUGUCAUUUCAAAAUCAGGUGAAGGUGCAACACAAGCUUCUCCAGUAGAGAAGACUGAAUCCCAGCCCUCAGCAGCUGAAGAAAAGGAGACUGUAGAAAAGAAAAUUCCUAAAGCAGAAGCUGCCCCUGCUAUAAAUGAUAGAGCCCCCUCUCCACCACAAUCCACAGCCAAAAAACCUUCUUCACCACCUUCAAAACCUAUGGCUUCGGAACCCCAGCUUCCUCCCAAGGAUAGGGAGAGACGGGUUCCUAUGACAAGACUCAGAAAAAGGGUUGCUACUCGCUUGAAAGAUUCUCAAAAUACAUUUGCAAUGCUUACCACAUUUAAUGAAGUUGAUAUGACUAACCUGAUGAAGCUCCGCUCAGAUUAUAAGGAUGCCUUUGUUGAAAAGCAUGGAGUGAAACUGGGAUUCAUGUCAGGUUUUGUCAAAGCUGCAGUUAGUGCACUUCAGCAUCAGCCCAUUGUUAAUGCAGUCAUUGACGGUGAUGAUAUCAUAUAUAGAGAUUACAUUGAUAUCAGCAUUGCUGUUGGCACGCUAAAGGGUCUUGUUGUUCCGGUUAUCCGGAAUGCUGGUGCAAUGAACUUUGCUGAGAUUGAGAAGGGGAUCAAUACUCUAGCUAAGAAGGCAAGUGAUGGAUCUAUUUCAAUUGAUGAGAUGGCUGGAGGCACAUUCACAAUUUCCAAUGGCGGUGUCUAUGGAAGCCUUUUGAGCACACCAAUCAUCAAUCCUCCACAGUCUGCAAUAUUGGGCAUGCACUCUAUCGUAAGUCGCCCUAUGGUUGUUGGAGGUGAUAUUGUGCCGAGGCCAAUGAUGUAUAUUGCAUUAACAUAUGAUCAUAGGCUUAUUGAUGGAAGAGAGGCUGUGUUUUUCUUACGAAGAAUCAAAGAUGUAGUGGAGGAUCCCCGCAGGCUUCUGCUUGACGUAUGAAUAACUGAUUCACAUCUUACUGGCACAUGAGAUUUGGUAUAAUUUGUUUUCUAAAGUUAAACUUUUACUUGAAUAAAUCUCCGAGAUUUAAAAUUUUGCAGAGAUACCGAUAUUUGUUGCCAGAGCAGCUCUUGUUUUGGGUAAAAAUGCUUUGGUUGUGCAUUGUUUCGGUUUUCAGAUUCCGGAUGGGCAUAUAUUGAAAUGACGGGACGUUCAUGUUUUCCCGUAUGAAUUUUAAUCCA